CUGGAAUCUCGAGCUUUCGCAUUUCCAGGGUUUUAGGUCGUGUUCUCCGGCGCCGACGAGAAGAGGUCGGAGAGUGAGGGAGGGAUCGAGAGAUGUGGUUCCUUUGCGUCUUCUUCCAUAGGUUGCUGGAUUACCGGCGUGCGGAGGUUGAGUCUCUUGCGGUUCUCUUUGGAUCAGAUGGAGAUGGGAACCGAUCGCUGGAGUGGAAGCUCCCGGAAGGGCAUCAUAUUGAUUCCCCUUUCCAUUUUGUUUCCCUUCCCUCCGAGGACAUUGCUAGGAAGAUUGCAAACCGAAGUAUACUUGUGAAGGGAAUUUAUGAAGUUUGGGGACAAGGUGAUAACCAUGAAGAAUUGGAAGUGGCUAUAAGAAAAUUUCCAGAAGAACGCAUGUCUCCAUACUUGACUGAGGACAGCACAUUCCGCAUCAUAGUAGACAGUUUUGGGAAGGUGAUUAGCUUUCAAGAACAAAAUGAGCGGAUUGAAGGACUCAGCUAUAUACCAUUCAAGGGUCGGGUUGAUCUACGAAAUCCAGAUCAUAAGUUUUGGCUCAUGGAAACCGAUGAUUAUGGAUCAAAUAAUGGACUUCCGCCAGUUAUGAAGAGAAAAAUUUUUUUUAGUCGAGAGGUUGGGGCUGCUGAUAGGAAGCUUCUGCCUACAUAUCAGUUGAAAAGUCGCAAGUACUUGGGCCCAACAGCAAUGGAUGCUGAGGUGGCUUUUCUUAUGGCAAACCAAGGGUUGGCACAACCAGGAAAGCUUGUAUAUGAUCCUUUUGUUGGGACUGGGAGUAUUCUUGUUGCUGCUGCGCAUUUUGGAGCGAUGACCAUGGGUGCAGAUAUUGACAUAAGGGUUGUGAGAGAUGGGCGUGGUCCAGAUUGCAAUGUCUGGAGCAAUUUUAAGCAGUAUGGGUUGCCAAUGCCUCUUUCUUUAUUGAGAGCAGACAAUAACUUACCCCCUUGGCGACCAGGGCUGAAGGAGGUGUUUGAUGCUAUAAUUUGUGAUCCACCGUAUGGCGUUCGUGCAGGUGGUCGGAAAUCUGGUGGACGGAAAUUGUUAAAAGGUGCUAUUGAUCCUUACACGGUUCCGGAAGAGAAGAAAUCUGAUCACAUACCCUCAACAGCACCAUACAGCCUAGCAGAAUGCAUGCAUGACCUUCUUGACCUUGCAGCCAAAAUGCUUGUCAUGGGAGGGAGGCUUGUCUUCUUUUAUCCUGUAUUACGGGAGGAUGGUACGACCAAUGCCCAAUUCCCAGAGCAUCCAUGUUUUACUCAAAUUGCAGCAUGUGAGCAGAUCCUCAGCCUGCGCUACAGCCGGUAUUUACUGACCAUGGUGAAGACAGGUGCAUACACUGAAGAGAUCGCCAAAUCUGCCAAAAAGAUGCACCUGAACUUCAAAGAGAAUCAUCUCAAAUGGUUGGAAGAAGGCAAUCUUCACUCUGCUGUGUUUAGCCCCGCGGACUCUCAGUCUUUGUCGGGAAACCCCAAGUUCAACAGAGACUCAAAACCAAAAUACCGAGGGAAGAAAGUGUAGCACAAGACUCUCAACUAACAUUCUAUUCCAGGCGAUAACUAUGAAGUCAUUUUGUUAAAUUGAUGACACUAGCUGGAGUGAAGCUCCCCUUUUUCGGGCAACUUCACCACCGAAGGUCUUCAUCAACCUAGCAAUACAAAAAUUCUCAACAUCAAUGCAUGUUCAUUAGGAUCAAGAAUGAUGAGAAGUUAUACUCAUACAUGAAAUAUUCCCAUUCCAUAGAACUCCACCAUGUCUCCAGUUGGUGCAUGGCC